AUGGGCGCUCCGGUCGCGGUCGCGGCGCUGCUGCUGGUGCAUCUGUUGGUGCCAGUCGAACUUGAGAUGCAGGGAUGGCAGGAUCUGGACCUGAUGUUUCCAGGUUUCGAAAACUCGUCAUUGCUCACAUGGCCAUGUGGCCAACGAGCCCUUGGGACGCGUGUGGUAGGCGGACAGGACGCAGAGCUUGGGCGUUGGCCGUGGCAGGGCAGCCUGCGCCUAUGGGGUUCCCACUCCUGUGGAGCGAGCCUGCUCAACCGGCGCUGGGUGCUCUCUGCAGCGCACUGCUUUGAAAACAACAAUAACCCCUAUGAGUGGACGGUCCAGUUUGGUGAGCUGUCUGCCGUGCCAUCUAUCUGGAACCUGCAGGCCUACCAAAACCGUUACCAGGUGGAAGAGAUCAUUUUGAGCCCCAGGUAUCUGGGGGCUUCAGCCUAUGACAUAGCCAUGCUGAGGCUGUCUUCCCCUGUCACCUACAAUAAGUACAUCCAGCCCAUCUGUGUCCUGGCCUCUUCCAUCGACUUCCAGAACCGGACUGAUUGCUGGGUGACCGGCUGGGGGGACGUCCAAGAAGAUGAAGAGCUGCCAUCUCCCUACACCCUCCAGGAAGUGCAGGUCGGUGUCAUAAACACCACUAUGUGUAACUACCUCUACUCACAGUCUCCUUUCCGCUAUAACAUCUGGGGAGACAUGGUUUGUGCUGGCGAUAUUCAAGGUGGCAAGGACUCCUGCUUCGUGACUCUGCUCACCCAUUCUGCUCCCCAGGGUGACUCAGGCGGACCGUUGGCCUGCGAAAUGAAAGGGCUGUGGAUUCAGAUUGGAAUCGUGAGCUGGGGAGUGGGCUGUGGAAGGCCCAACCGGCCCGGAGUCUACACGAACGUCAGUACGCACUUCAGCUGGAUCCGGAUGCUGAUUGCCCACAGCAGCAUUCACAGGCCAUACCCCUGGCUGCUGCUCCUGUGCCUCCCCCUUCUCUGGACGCCCCCAUUCCUGCAGCCGUCCUGA